CUAACUGUCAAAGCACAUUCCGACCGGCGGCUGAUCCGCUGUUCUGAUUGGAUGAAAUCUCUAGCCUCAUUUGAAGCCCCGCCUCUUCUCCCGGCAGAGGACAGGGCAAAGAUGGCGACGUCCCUGAAGUGUCUUCUGCGCUCCGGAAAGCAGGCCGUGCUGGUGGUUGGCCGGCGGGCUUUUCACAGGAGUUCUCCAGCCGCUGUUCAGGUGACCGUCCGUGACGCUCUGAACCAGGCGCUGGACGAGGAGCUGGAGAGGGAUGAGCGGGUGUUCCUGCUGGGAGAGGAGGUGGCUCAGUAUGACGGCGCCUACAAGGUCAGCAGAGGUCUGUGGAAGAAAUACGGCGACAAGCGGAUCAUCGACACUCCGAUCUCAGAGAUGGGCUUCACUGGUAUCGCAGUCGGAGCGGCUAUGGCCGGCCUCAGACCCAUCUGUGAGUUCAUGACCUUUAACUUCUCCAUGCAAGCCAUCGAUCAGGUCAUCAACUCCGCCGCAAAGACCUACUACAUGUCAGCGGGGCAGCAGCCGGUACCCAUCGUCUUCAGGGGACCCAACGGAGCGUCGGCAGGCGUCGCCGCCCAGCACUCCCAGUGCUUCGCUGCUUGGUACGCACACUGUCCAGGUCUGAAGGUUGUGAGUCCCUGGAAUGCCGAAGAUGCCAGGGGUCUCCUGAAAACGGCCAUCAGAGAUGAUAACCCCGUGGUGUUCCUGGAGAACGAGCUGAUGUACGGCGUUCCCUUCGAGAUGUCCGAGGAGUCGCUGUCCAAAGACUUCACAAUUCCCAUCGGCAAGGCAAAGAUCGAGAGACAAGGCGCUCAUAUCACCCUGGUUUCCCACUCGCGGAUGGUCGGUCACUGCCUGGACGCCGCCGCCGUGCUCGCCAAGGAGGGAAUCGACUGUGAGGUGAUCAACCUCCGGACCAUCCGCCCCUUAGACGUGGAGUGCAUCGAAGGCAGCGUGAUGAAGACCAACCACCUGGUGACGGUGGAGGGCGGCUGGCCACAGUUUGGCGUCGGAGCUGAGAUCUGCGCACGGGUCAUGGAAGGUCCGGCCUUUAACUAUCUGGACGCCCCGGUUACCAGGGUAACAGGCGUGGACAUCCCCAUGCCGUACGCCAAAAUCCUGGAGGAUAACAGCGUUCCUCAGAUCAAAGACAUCAUCUUCUCCGUCAAGAAAACCCUCGGCGUCUGAAAGGCGGGAGGAAGAGUCGACCUCGGUGUAAAUACGAUAAAUCUCCAAUUCUAAACGCUCCUGAUUGCCAAGUUUCUGGAUGAAUCUUCUAUGUGGACUCGCUGAGUUCGGAUCAGCUCCACCUUUCCCUUCCUCCCCUUCAGAAUAAAAGCUGCUCUGUCUGUGGGGACGUCUGGGACCAAACUGCAGAAUCAAUAGAAAUGUUUCUUUCACUAAAUGAUUUAAAAAGUUUCCUGAUUGAAACGAGGGUUUAAAGUUUCUGAGUGAGAACAAGAACUUCUUAGAACAUCUCUGCAGUUUGUUCUCCAGCUUCCACACUCUUCUAACGACCGCCUCUCACAUCCAGACCUUCAACCUUCAUCUUCUCGCCGCCUCGGCUCUGAUCGGGUCGCUGAAAGCGUGUCGGGAAUAUUUAUUGUAGCUGCAGCAGCUGAGUGGUUGUUUCUGUCACGGAAAGUGACUCUGUUACACGAAUAAAAUCAUCUUAGUCCUUUU